UGCCACACUGUUUGAGUGCCUGUUACAACGUAUUAUGUAUGUGAGUUAUUUGAAGUUUCUUGCAAUAUAUUGUGUUUGGUAGUCUCAAACAUGUGCAACUUCUAUAGAAGUGAAUGAUAGAGUUUUGUAUCCUCCAGUGUCCUCCAUUUAUAAACUAUACGAGUAAUGAGUUCUGCAGAGCUACGUAGAUUUUGUAAUUCUAGUUUUUGGGAUCCGGAACAGUCGUGGAACACUCCAGACCCAGACCUUUCUCCGUGUUUCGAGCAGACGGCACUGGUAUGGGGUCCUUGUCUGUUAUUAUGGGUCCUCGUCCCCUUUGAGGCCAUUAUUAUCCUUAGCAGCAAGUGUCGAGAUGUACCUUGGGCCUUCACAAAUGUGACAAAACUGUUGCUGAACCUGAUGCUGAUAGUUAUUAGUGCUAUAAACUUCAUUGUGUCAGCAGUGCAAUACUUGGAGGGAAAGGAGGUGUUUCCUGUUGCACUCUGGACACCGGCAGUUCAAACCAUCACUUUUUUGCUGGCUGCUGUUAUUCUGGUGUGGGACAGAGUGCGGGGACUGCAUACAUCUGGGACACUGUUUGUGUUCUGGCUGGUGCUCAGUGUGGCUGGGGCGUUCCAGUUUAGAACAGAACUGCGGCAAGCUGGGGCUGGAGAAGAGCCUCGUUACAAAUUUAUUCUCUAUAUGAUCUACUAUCCUAUCGUGCUGCUGAUGAUGAUCCUGAAUCUGUUUGCUGAUCCACCACCUAGAGUUACUGGCCGACCAAAAACUGAGAAACCAUGCCCAGCGGAACGUGCAUCAUUUGCGUCUUUGUGCUUCUUCGCUUGGUUUGAGCCCCUCAUUUGGAGAGGUUUACGAAAACCUCUGACUCUGGGGGACCUGUGGAACUUGAAAUAUUAUGACACUUCCGUUUACGUUGUCACACGAUUUGAGAAACAGUGGAGUAAACUUCUGAAACGAACCAAUAGGUUUUCAGCAUCUGAAAGACACACUGAAUUGAAUGGAUUGCUGAAAAAUGAAAGCAAAACCCCAACGAAACAAAUUUCAAUCGUUGGAACCAUGAUCAGAACAUACUGGAUAACCCUUGUCAACGCAGCAUUGCUGAAGAUUCUAUCAGACGUUUUUAUACUUCUGAAUCCACAUCUCUUACAGUUAAUUAUAAAAUUUAUAGAGAACAAGGAUUACAUGUGGAAAGGUAUCCUGUACGCAAGCGGCAUGUUCAUUGCUACCCAGCUCCAGACGUUCUGCUUACAUAGUUUCACCAACAUGAUGUACGGCCUUGGUGUGAAUUGGAGGACAGCUAUCAUGUCUGCCAUCUACAAAAAGGCUCUCCGUAUCUCCAGCUCUGCCAGGAAGACCAGAUCCUUCGGUGAGAUUGUGAACGUGAUGGCGGUGGAUGCUCAACGGUUAGUCGACACAACUGUAUACUUGCACCUCAGUUGGACAACUCUAUUAUCCAUCAUAGCGUGCAUGUACUUCCUCUGGAACAUAUUAGGAGUGGCCACUUUAGCGGGUGUCGUUGUCUUGGUCGUUCUGAUUCCAGUAAAUGUUGUGAUUUCCAACAGAGUGCGGACACUGCAGUGGAGACAGCUGAAACAAAAAGAUGAAAGAAUCAAAAUCCUCAGCGAAGUCCUCAGCGGUAUCAAGGUUUUGAAGAUGUACGCCUGGGAGCAAAGUUUCAGAAAAUCCAUCCUAAACAUUAGAGAUAAAGAGUUAUCACUAUUGAGGACAGCAGCUUUGUUGAAUGCUUCCACUUCAUUCUUUGCACUUUGUUCUUCGUUCCUGGUUUCAUUGGCAUCUUUUUGCGUGUUUGUCUUGAUUGAUGAACGUAAUGUGCUGACGCCAGAGAUUGCCUUUGUCACCAUGGCUUUUUUCAACAUCAUGAGAGCUCCUCUUUCCUACAUACCAAUAAUGGCUGAAUAUAACAUUCAGUUUUAUGUGGCUACUAAGAGAAUAAGCAACUUUUUGAACGCAGAUGAGUUGGAUUUUACAUCAGUUUCUCACGACAUCAGCAGAAAGGAACCACUUGUCAUAGAAGAUGGGACAUUCUCGUGGGGCUGUGACAAGGAUGACAAGCUUAUUCUCCGCAACAUCACAUUGAAGAUACAGCCUGGGCAGUUGGUAGCAGUGGUGGGACCCAUCGGUGCCGGGAAAUCCUCGCUCUUGUCUGCAUUUCUAGGAGAAAUGGUGAAGAACUCUGGAUUUGUCAAUACGAAGGGAAAGAUAGCGUACGUUCCACAACAAGCUUGGAUACAAAAUACGUCCGUGCGAGAGAACAUUACGUUUGGUAACACUUUUGAAGAGAACGAAUACAAUAAGACAGUGAAAAACUGCGCUCUGACACCAGACCUGGAGAUGUUGCCUGGAGGAGAUGCUACUGAGAUAGGAGAAAAGGGUAUCAACCUGAGUGGAGGACAGAAGCAGAGAGUGAGUUUGGCUCGAGCAGUCUACAGUGACGCAGAUAUCUAUCUGAUGGAUGAUUCUCUUAGUGCAGUUGACUCUCAUGUCGGCAAACAUUUAUUUGAGAAUGUUAUUGGCCCUAGGGGACAGCUGCACUUGAAGACUCGUAUCCUAGUGACCCAUGGUAUAGCGUACCUGCCCCAAGUAGACAUGAUUGUGGUGAUGAAGGAAGGAGAAAUCAUGGAACAAGGAACCUUCAAGGAGCUGUUGGACAAGGAAGGAGAGUUCUCAGAGUUUCUGAUUCAGUACUUGACGGAAACUGACCAACACGAGCUAAUUACAGAAUUUGAAGAAUUUCCUGAUGAAGACCUAAUACAGACGAUUCAAAGAAGAAUGAGUAUGAGUGAAUCUAUAAAGUCCAUUAAAUUCACAAUUAGCGAAGGCAAUUCCUCUCGUAACAUUGCCGUUACGACACAGACCAAAGAAACCCCACAACCAAAUGUGAACCUUCCUCAAACUCCAACUGCUGAUGAAGAGAACAGUUGGCAUCAGCUAGAAGAAGUUGAGACCACAUCAGAGCAGGCAGUGGGAAUGAAAGUAGCCGAUGAAAGGAAUGUAACAGAUUUUAUUGAUACAGAAAUCAACCAAAACAGAAGAGAUACUGAAACGGAAAAUUUGCUGCAGAAGACUCAAGAAUCAGAAAAAAGAGCUGGGAGGAAAAAUUCAAUUGCUACUCUAUACAGAAAAUUUGCUACUGAACCUGAAGAGAAAAAGGCCAAACUGAUCCAAGCAGAGACGGCUGUAACUGGAAGAGUGAAGAGAGGAGUAUACCUGCACUACUGCAAGUGUAUGGGAGUAUGGCUAGUGGUGGGAACAUUCAGUCUCUCCCUACUCUCCCAGGCCGCUGCUAUACUCGCCAACAUCUGGCUGUCUCGCUGGACCUCGGACCAGUCGGCCACUGUCAACGGUACUCAGGUCCUGGACAAACGCAACUUCUACCUGCAGAUGUACUUUACCUUCGGUCUCGCACAAGUGGUCACAGUAGUAGCGAGUACAUUUAUGUUGGCAAUAGCCACAGUCCUGGGUGCUGGACAUCUUCACGAGUCGAUGCUGUCAAACAUCCUGCGUUGUCCGAUGAGCUUCUUUGACACAACGCCGAUGGGAAGGAUUGUCAAUCGUCUCAGCAAAGACAUUGAUGUUGUCGACAACAUGCUUCCCACCAAUUUAAGGAUGGCCCAAAAUGCUCUUGCGACAAUAUUCGGAACAAUUGUGGUUAUCAUCUGGUCAACUCCACUAUUUGCCGUAGCAUUUGUUCCUAUUGGACUUAUCUAUUAUUAUUUGCAGAAGAUAUAUUUAACCACAUCUCGUCAAAUCAAGAGAAUCGAGUCAGUGACAAGAUCUCCCAUUUAUUCUCUCUUCAGCGAGACUUUGUCAGGAGUUUCGUCAAUUCGAGCUUACAAGGCGGAAGAACGUUUCAUAAAUGCACUGCAUGAAAAGGUGGACACCAAUCAAGUCUGUCUCAUCCCUUCUUUAGUGGCCAAUAGAUGGUUGGGAAUUCGUCUUCAGACCAUAUCGAAUAUAUUGAUUUUCUUUGCAGCUUUUUUUGCUGUAUUAGGUAGAGAUUCACUGGAUCCAGGAAUCGUGGGACUCUCCAUUAGUUAUGCUUUACAGAUAACUAAUGUUAUGAAUGCUGCUGUGAGAAUGACUUCAGAAAUAGAGACAAGUAUUGUUUCUGUGGAGAGGAUAAAGGAGUAUACUGAACUUCCUCAGGAAGCCGCAUGGGUAGUGGAGCCUCGCCCUAGCCCAGAAUGGCCUAAGCAAGGAGUUGUCAAGUUCCAGGAUUACAAAGUGAGAUACCGUGAGGGUUUGGACCUUAUACUGAAGGGCGUCUCCUUCACUGUUUCUGGCAGUGAGAAGAUCGGCAUAGUUGGUCGCACUGGAGCAGGCAAGUCCUCUCUCACUCUCUGUCUAUUUCGCAUCAUUGAGGCUGCAGGUGGCCACAUUUAUAUUGAUGAUCUUGACAUUGCCAAGAUUGGUCUCGGUGACCUGCGCUCAAAACUCACCAUUGUACCUCAAGAUCCAGUGCUGUUCUCGGGCCAUCUCCGCAUGAACUUGGACCCAUUUGAAUUGUUCAGUGAUGCAGAUAUAUGGUGCGCUUUAGAGCUUGCUCACCUCAGUGAAUACGUCAAGAGUCUACCACAAGGUUUGAAGCACCCUGUUGCUGAGGGUGGAGAGAACUUGAGCAUUGGUCAACGCCAGUUGAUAUGCUUGGCCAGAGCUCUGCUGCGCAAGACCAAGGUGUUGAUACUGGACGAGGCGACAGCUGCUAUUGACUUGGAGACUGAUGAUCUGAUCCAACAGACCAUCCGCAGAGAGUUCAAAGAUUGCACAGUACUCACUAUUGCUCACCGGCUCAAUACUAUCAUGGAUUCUGACAGAGUUGUAGUGUUGGACAACGGCCUAAUCAAGGAGUUUGACUCACCAGAAAACCUUCUGAAACACCCUUCAUCAAUAUUCUACGGUUUAGCCAAGGAUGCAGGCCUCGUAUAGAAAAGGCAAACACCGUAGAUCGUAUCAUCUUCAAAAUGUAGCCUAGAUUUUAUACCAUUAAAUAUUAGAAUGGUUGUAUAAGCGACUGAAAAUCGUCUCUGUAAGGGUUUGUAUAUAUACAACCCCGCUGGCUAUAGUCAGUUGACGCUAAUUAAACAUGUAUUUACGCAACUGAUGGUUCGUUUUGGUUGUAUCAUGCCAAGAAAAAUAUAAUCUAAGAAGAAUG